AUGGGUUGCGGUGGCUCAACGACUUCCGUCACAUUCAUCAACGGCCGGCCGACUGUUCAGGGCGAUGAAAUUGCGAAGGGUUUUAAUGAAGGAAAUGGUCUCCUCUUCCGAAUUGUUAACUCAAGCACUGGUCGCUGGGCGUAUUAUAACGAUACGUUGGAUUAUGACAUGCAUGUGAAAGUUACCUUUAGCGAGGACUGCAAAAUUAAGGCACUUGGAAAGGCAAAGUUGGAGCGUUUGAGCUCUGGUGAAAGUGUGGUGACUGUUGUGGUAAAACCAUGCGCAACAGAAUUAUUUAUUGAAGGCACUGUGAAUGGAUAUAAGGCAAAAAUGGAUGCCAUUCCCAUUACUGAUGGAGACAGGCGCCGCAGGGGAUCUGGCAGGAAAUAA